GUGAUAACGGUUAUCCGAGUACAUGAUAAGAUAACGAAAGAUAUAAUAAUACAGUCAUUUGCUUGUGGAUAAGUAUAAAAUAUAUUAUAUUACUUAGCAGAUUUGAACUCGAAACAGAAGCCGUGAAAGAACUACGUCUUUCUCUAUAGAUACAUUCACGCGUUGAGUACUCAUUCAUUUUAACAAUGAAUUAGUGAUACAAAUAAUUAUGUGCAUCAAUGAAUUUAGAAAAGUAAUAUGAUAAUAGAUACGAAUAGUAUAAAGAUAAUUUUGAUGUAAUUGGGAUUCUUAUCCAACAAGGUAUGUAAUUAAUAAAGACUGAAACUCUAAUAAAAUCUAUACGAUGGAAUGUCAUCGAAUAUUAUUUUUAAUUAUAAGUCUAGAGGUUUUUCUAAUCAGCGGACACACGAAGGACAUUUCAGAAGAUGAAUCAAAAGUUAAAGAUGAUCUUUCUUCGGAGAACUAUCGAUUGCCGACAACGAUGCAUCCAACUUCUUACGAAAUUACUCUGUUUCCUAAGCUAACCGGAAAUUUUUCAUUCAAAGGCGAAGUAAAAAUUAAUGUUACAGUUGAUACGCCUACCAAAUUCAUUGUUCUUCACCAAGGAAAUCUAUUAAAUGUAAAUGCGUCGGUUAGUGCUGAGAAUGAAUGGUUAGAAAUUGAAAAACAAAGUUAUGAUAAAGAGAACGAACAAUAUAAUAUUCAAUUGAAAGACGAUCUGAAAGUAGGCAAUGAAAUAUUAUUACAUUUCACUUACGAUGGUUUUCUUCGAGACGAUAUGAUUGGAUUUUAUAAGAGCUCGUAUAUAACUGACGACAAUAGGCUUCGAUGGUUAGCAACAACUCAAUUCGAAACGACACACGCGAGGCAUGCUUUUUUAUGCUUCGACGAGCCGGGUUUCAAAGCGACAUUCAAGAUAAGUUUAAUACGAUCAGAAGAAUUUACUAGCAUCAGUAAUAUGCCAUUGGAAAAUACCAAACAAAUUUCAUCGAAUUUGUAUCUGGACACUUUCAAGACAACCGUUCCUAUGUCCACAUAUCUUGUAGCCUUUGCUAUAUUCGAUUUUCAUAGUUUUGAAGUAGAAAACUUGACAGUUUGGACGAGACCAAAUCUGAUACAUGAAGCUUAUUACGCUUCGAAGAUUGGUUCUGAUGCAUUAAUCUAUUUGACAAGUUUGUUCCAACAAAAAUAUGAACUACCAAAGAUGGAUAUGGUUGCAGUACCAGAUUUUUCGGCAGGAGCUAUGGAAAAUUGGGGAUUAAUUACGUAUCGAGAAUCACGAAUGCUCUACAAUGAAAACGAAUCUUCUAUAGUCGCUCAACAAAACGUAGCUUCUGUUAUCAUUCACGAGAUUACGCAUAUGUGGUUCGGUAAUUUGCUCACUCCAUCCUGGUGGAGUUAUUUAUGGUUGAGUGAAGGUUUCGCCAGAUACUUUCAAUAUUUCGGUACAGCACAGGUUGAGAAAACUUGGAGUAUGGAGGAUCAAUUCCUAGUGGAACAAUAUCAAGCAGCUUUGGGUGUUGAUGCAAUAGAAACAUCACAACCGAUGACAAGAGAGAUUCGUAAUCAAUCGCAAGUUAAUGAAAUUGGAGAUUCUAUCACUUAUGCCAAAGGAGCCAGUAUUAUUCGUAUGAUGAGUUAUAUCAUUGGUAUUGACAAAUUCUAUGAGGCUUUACGUUUCUACAUACGUGAUAACAAAAAUAUUGGUAUCGUCGAACCUAAAAACUUGUGGAUAGCGUUACAGAAAGUCAUCGACUCUUCGAAUAUUGAUAUAGAAAUUAUUAUGAAUAAUUGGACGAAGAAGCCAGGAUUUCCUGUAUUAACAGUUAUCAUUGAAAAGGGUAAAGCAAAGCUAGAACAAAAACGUUUUCUUUUAAGAAAUUUCAAAUCCACACUUGUAAAUGAAAUAUGGCCAAUACCGAUCACUUAUACCACACAAAAGCAAAUGGAUUUCAAAUCGAUCGAAGUAAAACAUUGGAUGAAAGAUAAAGAACAAACGAUCAAUAUCGAUAUUUCUGAUUCGGAUUGGAUAGUAUUCAAUGUACAACAAGCUGGCUUUUAUCGAGUAAAUUACGAUAAUGCCUCGUGGUAUCGAAUUAUUGAUACAUUGAAGAGCGAUAGUUUUGAAAAAAUACACGUAUACAAUCGAGCCGGGAUCAUCGAUGAUCUAUUAAAUCUCGCGAGAACUGGAUUAUUAGAUUAUCGAACUGCUCUUGACGGUCUUCAAUAUCUCCAACAAGAGAAAAAUUACUUACCUUUCAAAGCUGCAUUUAAAGGCCUUGAUUAUCUUACUCAACGAUUUUCCGGUAACGAAGUUAAUUACGUUUUAUACAAGAAAUACGUUUUAUCGCUCAUCGAAAAUGUUUAUCAAACUCUUGGAUAUGUAGAUCGAAAAAAGGAUGAUCGAUUAACGAUACAGCUACGACGAGAAUUAAACGACCUUGCUUGCAAAUUCGGCCACGAAGAAUGCGUCUUUAGUUCUCUAGAAUAUUUCCGUAGUAUGAUAAACGCAGUUUCCCGGAUUGAACCGAACCAAAGAUCGGCAGCAUAUUGUAUGGGUGUACUUUAUGGUAAUGUCGAUGAUUGGAACUUUUUAUGGAAUCAUUACAAAACUUCGAAAGUGGUAUCUGAACAAUUGGUUAUACUAAAUGCUCUUGGAUGCAGCAACGAUACCGAUAUCUUGAAACAAUAUCUUAAAUAUGCCAUUUCACCUUACGAAAAACACAAAAUUCGCAAACAAGAUAGCACGAGCAUUUUCUCAGCCGUCUACAGUUCGAGCUUAAUCGGAGUAAACUGCGUUCUCGAAUUCAUCGAUGAAAAUCACGAUGAAAUAGCAAAGUAUUAUGGUAGUUACGAUACGAUCGGCAGCAUACUCUCAGGUGCAUCUCGAUAUCUUUCAACGGAUGAACUCAUAAAUAAAUUCGAACAUUUGAUCAAAAGCCAUUUAGAAUUUACAGAAAUCUCUAAAUCUUUGACGAGUUCUCUAGAACUUGCUAAAUACGAAUUAAACUGGUAUACAAAAAAUGUUGAUCACAUUGUCUCGUGGAUAAAGGAUAAUAAUAAAGUGCCCGAUCUAUAUAAUAAUGAAUAUCAUCUACCGGGAGAUGUAAUUCCGAAGAAAUAUGUUCUUUCUUUGGAACCUUUCUUCGAUCCAGGCAAUUUCACGUUCAGUGGUACCGUGCAGAUUCUAGCAGUGGCCACUAAAAAAACGAAUCAAAUCGUUCUUCAUGCCUCUGACAUUACUUUACAUCUUGUUCAAGUUUGGGUUAGUAACAAGGAAGUAAAUGUUAAUAAUACCUAUAAAGACAAAAAUGAUUUUUUCGUGAUUAAACUCAAACAAGCGUUAGAUGAUAAAACGGAAAUGAACAUCCUCAUACGAUUCAUGGGCAAGUUGAACGAUGAUAUGCAAGGAUUUUACAGGAGUCAUUACAUCGACAAGAAUGGAAAAAAGAGAUGGUUAGCUGCCACUCAAUUGGCACCAAUCGGAGCUAGAAAAAUGUUUCCGUGUUUUGACGAGCCCAUGAUGAAGGCUAUCUUCUCUGUAGACGUUAUGAUACCAGAAAAUUAUCACUCUAUUAGUAAUACCAAGGUCGUAAGCAUCGACCAUUAUUCUAAUACUCAAAAAAACUGGUAUCGUUUCGAAGAAACAGAAUUGAUGUCAACAUAUCUUUUGGCAUUAGUAAUUGCCGAUUUCGAUUACAUGCAUGAGAUCAUAGAUGAAAGAAAUUACACUGCAUGGGCCAGUCCAAAUGCAUUCAAUGAGAUUUCUUAUGCUUUCUCUCUCGUGGAACCUUUUGUAAAAACUUAUGAACAACAUUUGAAGACUAAUUAUACAUUGAACAAACUCGAUAUAAUAGCUUUACCAGAUUUAGCAUACGGUGCUAUGGAAAACUGGGGUCUUCUUACGUUCAGAGAAGACAAACUGCUUUUUCAUUCGAAUGAAUCGAAUAUCCGUACUAAGCAAACUGUAACUACUGUGCUAUCACAUGAAAUUGCCCAUCAGUGGUUCGGAAAUUUAGUGAGUCCUCUUUGGUGGAAUUAUAUCUGGCUGAACGAGGGCUUCGCUACAUAUUUUGAAUACUUCGGUACAUCUUAUGAAUAUCCUGAAUGGGAAUUAGAAUGGCAAUUCGUCGUAGAUAAGCUUCAUUUUUCCUUUAAAAUCGACGCUUUAACAUCCAGUCAUCCUAUGACUUACGAUGUUCAGAGUACUACAGAAAUAAAAAAUAUUUACGAUAGCAUAUCUUAUGCCAAGGCUGCAAGUGUGAUAAGAAUGAUAGAAAAGACUUAUGGCAGUGAUGUUUUUUACGCUACUCUGCACCAAUAUCUCGAAGCACGGAAAUUCAAUGUAGCAACACCAGAGGAUCUCUAUGCGGCUAUCUCCAGUCGAUUAGCUGACCAAACAUCAGCAAAUAGAGUAAAUAAAUUUCUGGACUCUUGGACAACUCAAGUUGGAUAUCCGGUCGUUAACGUUGUGAUCGAUUCAUCUGGUUCGGCUACUCUAUCUCAAGAGCGCUUUUUCUUUAGAAAUGAGAAAAAUGAAUCUGUUGAAAAAAUUUGGAAAAUACCGAUCACGUGGACGUCUGAAAAAGAUCCGAAUUUCGAGAAUACGAGGCCACAAUUUUGGCUAAAUUAUGCUGAAAUGCGCGUAAUGACAGACAACAAUGAAGGUUGGAAAAUUUUCAAUGUCCAACAAGCUGGUUAUUAUCGUGUAAAUUAUGAUGAUUCUAAUUGGAAGCGUAUCAUCGACUUUUUAAAGACAGGAAAAUUCGAGAAAAUACAUAAGGUGAAUCGUGCCGCGUUAAUAGACGAUCUCAUGAAUCUUGCUAAGGCUGGAUACGUCAGUUAUGAUCUCGUUUUCUCAGCUACAGAAUAUUUGCAAUACGAAGAAGAUUAUUUACCGUGGCGAGCAUUUUAUAAUGGCUUGACGUACUUGCACAACAAAUUCGAGGGCCAAGAAAUUUUUGGGUUGUUGAAAGAACACGUUAAAAAGAUAAUGUAUCCGAUAGUUACAAAAUUAAUUGAUAAUCCAUUGAAAAGUUCCACAUCCCAUAUAUCUCAUCUUUUACAAAUGGAAUUACGCAAAUGGGCCUGUAAAUAUGCUAUUAGUUCUUGCGUCAUAGAUGCUUUAUAUUAUUUUAAGAACCAAAUAUACCAGAUACCACCGAAUGAACGACCCAGCGUAUAUUGUGUAUGGGCUACAAGAUCAAGUGGCUGGGACUUUCUUUGGCAGUCAUAUUUAAAUUCCAGGGUCACCUCAGACAAACUUGUAAUUCUUAAUGCAUUGGGUUGUUCUCAAAAUACUUAUAAUUUGCACAAGUUGUUAUCUACAGCAAUAACGGAAAAUUCUGAAAUACGAUAUAAAGACAGCAUUGCGGUAUUCGCUUCCGUUUAUGAAAACUCUUUAAACGGCGUUAAGAUUGUUAUGAAGUUUAUGGAAAUGAAGUUCGAUGACAUUUAUCAAUAUUAUAACGAUGAGUCGGCAAUCAAAAGUAUUAUGAGUGGACUCGCAGAAAGAAUAUCAACAAAACAACUUUAUGAACAGUAUACAAAUUUGACGGAUUUGAUCGUAAUGAAAGUACCAACGUUAAAAAAUUCUUUAAAAUCAUAUAACGAUAUUAUUCUUUAUGAACUUGAUUGGUAUAAAAAGAAUAUUCCACUGAUAUCAUAUUAUUUGGAGAAACUUUAUCAAAACCACAAUAACCAACGUUUACCAACAACACUUUAUCCGCUUAAUUAUAAUCUCUCGAUUGCCAUAAUAGAUAAAAGAAAAUUCACAGGAUCGGUUAAAAUAAAUCUUCGAGUCGAUAAACCAACCUUUCAAAUAGUUCUCAAUUCUCAUAAGCUCAAUGUUUCUAACGUUAAAGUUUAUGAAACUCCUUAUAGAACCUCUGAUAAUGAAGUGAAACAUUUUGACAUCCUCGAUAUAGUACAAAUCCAGGAAAGUCAAAAGCUAAUCAUUUACUUAAAAACCAAUAUCGAGGUAGCAAGAGUAACCGUGGAAAUGGAUUUUAUUGGCGAAAUUAAUACAGAAAUGAAAGGCUUGUAUUAUGCUCAAUACAACGAUUUUUACACAACCCACGAUUACUUUGCCACAUACUUCCAACCAAAUUAUGCCAGAAUGGUGUUUCCUUGCUUUGACGAGCCAGCCUUUAAGGCAAAGUUUAAAAUCCAUAUUUUACGAUCUUAUAAGUAUAAAAGUUUAAGUAAUAUGCCUCUUGAAAGAUCUUUGAAUUUUAAUUUGUUAAAUAAGUGGGAUAUUUACAAGGAAAGUCAAAUCAUGUCUACCUACCUAUUGGCUUUCGUUGUUUCUAAUUUUCUACCAAUUAAAAACGAACAAGAAAAAUUUAAUGUUUGGGGUAGAAAAAAUAUCGUUCAUUAUGGUAAUGAAACACAGUAUGCCGCUUAUAAGUUUUAUAACAAUCUUAAUACACGUAUAAAAGAUAUAAAUGAAUUAGAGAAAUUAGAUUUAGUAGGAUUGCCAAAUUUCCCUAUAAGUGCAAUGGAAAAUUGGGGUCUUUUUACAUUUAGGGAAUCUCAACUCUUCUACGAUAGCAAUACCAUACCUUUAUCGCAAAAAUAUUUUAUAUUGACUACGAUAGCACACGAAAUUUCUCAUAGAUAUUUUGGAAAUUUGGUUACUUGCGAAUGGUGGUCUUAUACUUGGUUAAACGAAGGUUUUGCCCAAUAUUUUCAAUGGUUGCUUCUAGGGGCAUUUGAAGAAAAAGAUUUUACAAAUCUAUUUGUCGUUAAUGAUAUGCAUGAUGUCUUAGAGAUUGAUCAAAACAUAUACUCUCAUUCAAUGAAUUACCCUGUUGUGACUCUUAAUGAUCUAAGGAAACCGUUCGAUAAAAUCUCAUACAAAAAGGGCGCUAGCAUUAUUCGUAUGCUUCAUAUGCUCCUUGGAGAUAAUGAUUUUUAUUAUGCUCUUAAAAAAUAUGUCAUGAAUAAUAAAGAUAAAGUAGUUAAUCCGAGUAAACUUUGGGAAGUGUUUCAAUCAUUUAUGAAAAACAAUAUUACUUUAGAAACAACGAUGAGUAAAUGGAUCAAUGAAUAUGGAUAUCCUAUCGUAACUGUAAAUUUAAAUUCGUCAUCAGGAGUACUUCAUUUUUAUCAGGAUCACUUUCAUUAUUAUACUGAUGAAAAAUCUUCCUACUUUCACAUUCCCAUCAGCAUGGCUACCGAGCUCAAUCCAAAUUUCGAAAAUACAUCGGCGAAAUUUUGGUUGAAAAGUAAAGAAGAUUCAAUUCAGACCAAGUUGAGAAAUCAUUGGGUUGUAAUAAAUGUUCAGCAAAGUGGGUAUUAUCGGGUUAAAUAUAAUAAUGAGUUAAUGAACAGAAUAAUAGAUGUUUUGUACAGCGAGGAUUAUAAUUUGAUUCACGUGGUAAAUCGUGCACAAAUUAUCGACGAUGCCUUCCAACUGGCUUACAUGAACAAGAUAAGUUGGUCCGUGCCUUUUAAAAUAGCAUUUUAUUUGCGUAAAGAAACGGCACAUUUACCUUGGAAGGCGUUCGUACGAGGCAUUAAUAAUCUUUGGGAAAGCAUAAGGCAUUUUGAAAAUAAUGAACUUUUUAAGAAAUAUGUUCUGUAUUUAACUAAUGAGCAUGUCGAAAGGCUUGGAUUUAAUGAUACUUUGGAUGACUUAGAUCCAUCCAGGAAAGAAAAUCAAUUGAACAGAGAAUUAAUACUUUCGCUAAAUUGCAAAUUCGGAGGUAAGAAUUGUAUCAACCAAUCGAAGAAGUUAUUCGUAGACUUUCAGCGAAAUAAAAAAAUGUAUCGAAAUGCCAAACCUGCUAUUCUUUGUACAGCCGUAAAAUAUAAUAAUGAUAAUAUUUGGAUAGUUUUAUGGUUAGCCUAUAAAAACACGGAUCUACAUGCGGAACAAAUUCUAUACUUAGAUGCUUUAGGAUGUUCGGAAAAGGAUAAUCUCAUAGAGAAUUACCUUGAAUACAUCUUUGACAAACAGCGAUUAGGAUACAUACAAAAAGAAAAUAUUCGAAGAGCCUUUGCUUCCAUAUAUAAAUCUAGUGAGAAAGGAUGGAAAAAAUGUUACGAAUAUAUAAUCAAUAAUUAUUUGGAUAUUUAUAAAGUAUUGGGCGACUGGAACGAAGUUGCAGAAAUUUUCAUUGAAAUCAUAGAUCGUAUUCCAGAUUCAAAAAUAACUGAAAAGUUUAAAUUCUUUAUAGAAAACAACGAAAAAAGUCUUGCACCAAUCUCAUCCAAAUUGCUUCAAGCUCUAGAAAAUGCAAAUUUAAGGAUUAUAGAUAAUAGGUACAUAAAAUAUCGCUUACAAAUAUUAUUGACAGAUAUAUUUGAGAAAAUUGAAAACAAUUCCAAACAUAGUUCAGGAACUCGAAGUUUAAACAUUGUUUUUCUUACUAUCAUGUCUUUUAUGUCACUUUUCUUACUCCAAUAGAAAUAAUUUUAUUUAAUAUCAAAAGUUCACUAUAUAAAAUUUCCAAAAGAACGAACGCCAAUUAAUGUUAUAACAACUAAAUUGAACUUUUCACAGCAAUAACAUCAAAUAUAACUUGUUUGCUAUUUUUAUACCUAUAUAAAUCUAUACGUACAAAUUAAAUACAUGAAUGUUUGUUGUUACUA